AAUAUAAACUAAUAAAUGCACAAUUGCCUUCUAUUGAUUAUUGACAUCCGUGUAGCAGCUGCUCGAGAGCUGUCAAAAGCGUUCGAUGCAAAACCGGCGCGUGUAGAGCGUGAAAGAAACAGAAGAAGCGGCAUCAAUUUUUUGUAUAACUUUAGUUUACCGAAAUCUACCGAUAGUUUAGUAAAUAUACACAUCAGUAAUAUAAGCAUAGGAACAAUGUCGUCUGACAUCAGUCUAGAGCUGGUGAAUGUUUUAUCGUACACGCGUGAACAAAGUGCCGUCGUACCCGAGAGUCCGGACACGGAAGAGAAAUGUGGCGUACUCGAAAGGAAUGGAAUCACGUGGUAUGCCCGUGGAUCCGUCCUGGAGGUGUUUAACAUGAAUUCCAGCUUUAAGGUUAUUUCACACAAUUUUCAUCCAUGCACCAGCAAAUCCAAACCAUGCACGGUUCAAUGUGUGGAAGAAGUGGAAGCGAUGGGCUGUGCCAUUCUUGCCGUAGGACUACGGCUUGGUACCGAACAGUCCCAGAUAGUGUUUCUGACCGUGCGUGGAGGUCGCGAGGUAGGACGGAUUGAUGUGCAAGAGGAUGUAAAAUUGUUGCGCUACGUCGACCCUAACUCUUGCUCGAACGGAUUGCUGAGCAAGUAUCAGGGUUGUCUUGCCGCCGGAACGGUAGAUGGCAAAGUCAUCUUGAUCGAUCUUUGCUUCAAGCGGUUGCACAAUGGAUUUGGCAGGGAAAUCACAAUGAACGAAUCCGGCAAGCGACAAUGCCACAUAGAGUUCUCGCGUGGAAACAUAAAACAGUUGAUACAGAAUCACGAAAAGAUCCAAGAGCGUGAAUUGUACUUCGGAUUGCAGUUGAGCCACAACGAGCAAGCUUCGGUCGAGUGUAUUCUGGACAUUGUGCCGCUGAAGGUGAUCUGUAUCGGAUUCGCGGACGGUACCGUGCUUCUCUGGGAUUUGGUCGACCAUUCGAUAAUGCAUCGAAUAUCACCGCCAACGGAAGAUUGUUCUGCGGUUGCAUUAAACUACGUUGAGCCCAGCGAUGAUCCGAAGGCUUGUCUGUAUCUGUGGAUAUUUUACGCGCACCCCGAGGGUGCCUUUGCUUUUUUGCACAUGAUCAUGUGCGAGGAAAAGUACAGCCAGCAGGGAACGUUUGUGUACGAUCAGUUUCUGUCAUGUUCAUCGCGGCUCACCCUCACCAGCUACGAUCCGGGAAGCGUUCCGCUGAACGUGCAAACUGUCACAAAGAAAGUGUUUCAAGAGGACGAACCAAUCACGCUGAGCGUGUUGAGCUGGAUGGGCUCGAACGGAUUGACAACGGUGCUGGUGUUUGAUCUGAACCAAUGGUACAAGGCAGAGAUGCCGUACGAAUGCGAUUGGCAGCAGGAACUGACCCACACGGUUGUGUUCCAUUUGAAGGAAGAAAGCUUUCACGCCCGGCUCAACGAACGUACAUUGGUGCUGUUCCGAUCCAUUCAGCGUCCCGAAGAACAUUUCUAUCCCAGCUCGCUGGCAUUCGACAUCAUGAACUUUAACGGUAUCAAUCGCACCACGUACCGAUGGAUUGGUUUGCAAAACAAAUUGCUUCAGUACCUCGAACAGGACGGUGCAAACAGUGUCAUUCACCCAGCUGGACUGUAUGGAAUGCUGUGCCGCGCCGCUCUGUUGCCUCAGUUCCAUGAACCCAUAUCGCCUUCCGAUGGUGUUGUGAAGGAACAGCGCGAAUUUGUCCUAUCCCUUGGGCUGGAGUAUAACUGCCACAUGUUCCUGCAGAGCUGCAUCGAUCUGUGGGCCGACGGUAGUCACCUCGGAGCGGAACCCGAACAGGGUGUAUCGCUGUCGACAGUGACGAACUGGAUUUGGAAUCGAUCGAAGUCGCUAAAGUCGGUGUGCAAUCGUAUGCUCGCAGCGCUCAUGACCGAUCAGGCUGGCAGACGGGUUGAUGCCCGAACGCAGGACGCGCUUUCGCACUGCACCCGUCAAAUGAAACAGCUGGCGGAGUUGUAUCGAACGAUCAUGACCGAUUGUUUAGAUUUUAUACCGGAAAAUGUUCAAGAACGUCUUGCGAAGGAAUCGGCAACGAUUACAGCAGCUGCAGAAUACCAGGACAUUCUUCAGUGGCUUCUUCACAUUGGCAUACUACCGGAGGCGAAUAUAUCGGAUGAAGAUCCAGGGGGCGAAUCCUUGCUGUUGGUACCAUACCCAUACACACGGCUGCUGGAAUUUUAUCGCAAGCGACGACGCAUGUUGGACGAGCAGAAAAGCAAAGCCGUUCCAGAUUUAUCUACUACCGGCAAACUGCUGUUCAUCGAUAACUAUCUCGAGCGCGAAUUCGAUGUUGAAACCGUUUGGAAAGCGUGGCAUGAAGAUAGCCCCGUUAACAGACAGGCAGUCUAUCCACCCAGCUCGCUACAGAAAGCGUUGCGCAUUUUGCUCAUUCCUGACGUACCGCUGGAACGUAAGCUCGUAGUACUUCUGUAUCUGUUCAUGGAUGUUAUAGCAGCAGUGGAGGACGAAUGCUUUUUAACUGUCGUACGACAGUUAGAGAAAUUUCCACGUGUGUUCAACGUGAAGAUAGGCCUGAUGGAACGUGUGCGCGCAUUUUGGCAUCUCGAUCAUGGAAACGUAUCGGAAACGGUUAACGAAUUUCUUUCCCCGCUAUCCACUACGAUCGAAUUUCCUCAAUGGCAUCGAGAGUUGACGGUGUCGGUUCUGUUGCGUCUGCAAGCUCCAAAUCUUGCUUUGAAAGUGCUCCGAGCACCAGGCAGUCCAGUUUCACCACAACUUGAGUUAACGACCUUGGUGCAAAAUAAUCUCAUCUCGGAAGCGUUUAGCUUGCAGCGCCGUACACCGCAACCGGAUGGCCGUCAGUUGGUGUGGUUCAUUGAAGCCAUACUGAUGGCCGGAACACCGGAAACACUGUUAGAGUUUGCGCUGAACGAUGACGAAAAGCAUGUGCUCCGUAGCUACCUUCGAGACUGUCCGGUGGAAACGAGCGAUAGUCUAAUGUUGGGACAUUUGUUGCAAAAUUUUGAAUUUGUCGAAGCUGUUCAGUUUGUGGAUCGAUUGGGCCGGAAACGUAAUGUGGAGGUGCAGAAAGAAAUUCUCGGUCUCUAUCACAACGCACUGGACCCGAUGAGUCAACAGUUGGCGUAUCUCACGUAUCAACAUCCAAAUGAGCUGGAACCGAAGCUGGGACAGGGAAAUGAUCCUACCAGUCCAAAAUCAUCGGAUACGCUGGAAACGCUCAGUUCCGGUUUGAUACGCCAUCGAGCCGAUUUUCGUGUGCGCGUACUGCACCAAACCAUAGCGGCUGUUAAGGAAGCUGCUAUCAAGACGGGCCUGCAUCACGACCGUCCGUUUUUGGACAAACCGAGCCUCGGUGUGUUCCAAUGCCGGCCAACGGUACGUAGUUUGAAUGUUUGCUAUCCGGUACGGUUGGAUCCGUCCAUGAACAAGCGGCGUCAGCGGGAUUGGGAUGUAUCGGACGAGGAUCUUGCGACGGGUCGAAAACCGUCCGUUCCGCUACUGAACGAAGAGGACGGCUAUGCAAAUCCGCGAAAGAAGCGAUACCUGGGACCGGAACCCAUUACGCCCGCAAACGAAAGCACAGUACGUAGGAAGUAUGCCAAUUUUGAAGCUCCCGUUCCAGUGAUUCCCGAGUUUCGACCGAUGAAACCGAAAUUCAACUUUACCGCAGCUAAUUCGACACUCAUAUCCAGCAUGGAACGGGCAGCUCACUCGGAGAAAUCGACCAGUCACUCACCGAGCAUUUUUCUCGUGACGCCACCGUUUGCAAAGAAACACCCAAUGCAGCGCGACGUGCAGAUUCGUUCCGAUGCGGCAGAUGCAGACGAAGCGGAUGGCGAUUCCUAUACGCCUCCGGGAAUUUUGAAGUCGAGCCAAUCGUUACACGGUCGUAACAGUUCCCCGAUACCACACGAUCGUGUCGCAGCGGAUGUGGAAGAAAAAGUGUUGCGCUUUGAUUUACCCGCCGGGUCUACUGUCGGAGAUUCCUGCUUGGUAGAUAACACACUAAAGCUGCCGAAGGAAGAAGUGGUAACAGAUGUAACAGCAUCCGAUGUGGUCGCGUCACCGGUCGUACGUCGGGAUCUCGAUUUAUCGACCAUCUCUAAUGAUGAUUUCUACUCACCCGAAGUAACAAUGGAACAGAGCAGUUUGCAGCAGGUGCUUGCCUCGGGAGGACCGUACGGACGUCGAUCCAUACACAAUUCCAAAUCGGACAACACCUUAACUGAUGUGCCCGUGGAAGGAGCGAAUAACAUCGCGAUCAUCAUUGAAGAUCACUGCGAGGAUGAUUGCGCCAGUAAGGUGGACGCAUACGAAGAACGGUCGCAAGAGGAGGAAGAUAUGCAAAUGGAGGUGGACGAAGUAAAUGUACCGCCGAAUGAGAAUGUUUUCUUGAUCGAUGAUAGUGAUGGAGAGCAGAGAAAUGACAAACGGGAUGAAAUUGUGAUCCUUGAUGAGGAGUUGUCGAAUCAACGCGAACCACUACCCGUUGCUGAGGAUGAACGUCUGCCAACUUUCAUGCAAGAGAUGGAAAACAAUCUUGGUGUGUUAAUGGCUGAAAGGCAAGAUCAUCAUACGCAGGAUGAAUCUCAGGAAAGCGAUGACAUGGAAGAAGAGAGUAUCGUAGAUAUCACAGAUAUGAUGUUUGAUGACGUGUUGGAGCUGGCUGCGGAUGAUGAGGUGGAGGAGGAAGAGAUAAAUUAUGAGGAGUACGAACAGGCAGAGAUAUUAGAAGAAUCAGUGGAAGAAGAUGAAGAUGUUUCGGCAGAUGGGUCGGCAGAGGAUGAGCAGGAUACAGAGGAAAGCGAUAACCAAGAUAUAGAUGGUGAUGAUAAUGAUGAGAAUGAGGACGAAGAUCAGGAUGAGGACAGUGUACUAGAAGUGAUCGAUCUAAGUGAUGAGGAAGAUGCCGUUGGACCGAAUCCGGAAAGCAAUAACCAUCAAGAAGGAGAAUUUGUCUUCAGUUCUUCGGAAUCUUCUUCAUCGUCGUCUUCCGAUGGCGGUGAUGGCGAUAUGCAGCCAUCGGGUGCCGCUCUGAUGAAUGUAGCGGAACAAGCUGAGAUUGAAUCGCACAAUCUUGAUGACGGCGGUGAUCCACAGGAAUGGCAAUACGCGGAGUAUGCGCGACAUUCAGAUCCAAACGUAGAAAAUCUGUACGAUCACGACAUUGUGCUGGCUACUAUUGAUGAACUGCAUCAAGAAGAAGCGUUAGCGAGAACAACUCCUGAUGAUGCUUUGGGUUACAUUCAGGUCCCUACCACAUCUUCCUCAACCCACCGUACCGAGGGUGAAGGGUUGACUGCACCGGAAGGUGAUGGAGAGGCAGAAUCUUCCGAGGUGGAAGAUUUAUCUGUGCCUCAGCAAGAAGCGGACGUCGCGAGCGGUACCGUUGCUGCGCGGGAUCUUUCGGUCGCAGGUGGUGAACAGUGGCCAGAUAAUGUGGCCAGCUCUAGCUCGAGUGUAUCUACCGCUGUUUCAUCGGUCAAUGCAUCAGCACCGGUGGCGAGUGUUGCACCGAGCGCAACCACAACAUCCUCUCCUACAUCGCCAACAGCACCAACGCAGGAGAAAGUGUUUGGUCAACCCAAGAACGCGCACGAGCUAGAAGUUCCGGCAAUGAAUUUGUCGGUCAAACCGGAUGAAGCCCAUGGUUCCAGUCGCAAGAAUAGUAAGGGUGAAGAAAAUGGCCUUACGGAAGACGCGCGUGCGCUUAACCUAUCUGCUGGACAGCAAGAACUGGCCGAUCAGGGUGUCGGUGCAGACGAUGAAAAUGUUAGCAGCAAUCAAGAGGAAGAGAAUGAGGACAAACAGGUUGCUAGUGGUGAGGAGCAGAGUGAUGGAGAAGCAAAUGUUCCCGUCCGCGAUGUACAGGAAGCGCAAUCAUCGGAUGAGACAAAGCCAGAAGGAGUGGAAAGUGAGGAAAUGGAAGUUGAUUUACGAGUAUCGGAGGAUGAAGCAACACACGAAAGCCCCGCCAAGCAUCCCGCAAAGGAGGAACACGAGGAACCGAGUGUAUCUGGAACAAUGACGAAUCCUGUAGAUCAGAAAGAAGCAACAGAUCAGGCAGGUAAGGAAAAUCAACACGAGGAAGCCACUCCACAGGAAGACACUUUGAGGCAAGCAUCCAAAAGUGCUCAACAGCAUUCAUCGCUUCACGACGAAGCAGUAGCCUCAACUUCGACACCGCGCACGAACGUUAAAACGCGGCUUAUGGCAGCGUUGGAAAAAUCAGCCACCGCAGUCGAACAACCGCAUACACCGACGAGACGGCGCGGCAUCCGUGCAACAUCGGUGGCAGCGGAAACAACGAAUGUUUCACUUUCACCGAUGCUGUCUCGCAGUCGGCGCUUUACAUCGGCAGACAAUCUGAGCGGCACUCCGGAGCCAACGUUGCCACUCACUCCGCGACGUUCGACGCGAGCUGCGUCGCUGGUAAAAGAACUGUUUUCCGGCAGUGGCACGCCACAGAAACGGUCACGCCGUACGUCGCAAGCAUCCAGCGAACAUCCCGAAUCCGUCGCAAACAGUCCAACGAAAGAGUCCGUGGAUGAACAGCGGGAACCUUCGGAACGAUCGUUUGCAAGCUCCACCGCAAGCAGCACGCGUCGUAGCAUGCGCACCAAAAAGGGUUCUAAAGCGCUACCACCACCGGAAUCAACCGCUGGUCCGUCGGAAACUCAACCAGCAAGUGGUCCAAUGUUGUCCGAAUAUUCCUCGAAUCGUCGACUCACCCGGCACCAGCUGGCCGUGUUGGAAAAGUCGAUGGAAACGAUUGGAUCAAGUGGCACAACUCGUCGGACAUCGGUGGACCGCCGCAGUCAUGAUGUGACUGAUGUCGGUGACAGUGAAUCGGAAUCGAUCAUUUCGAACGUAAGCAAUCAGUCAUCGGUCAGAACCACACGUUCGCGCACCAGUCGUACCACGACCACACGCUCCAAACGUGGAGGCAGCAGUAAGCGAAAUGAUCAACCAGGCGAUGAUCAACAUGCAGAUUCGGAUUCCGAUCAAUCGCUGGUGUACGCGAACAGUCUGCGAUCCGCGAUGGGUUUGGAACCGAUUGCGGAAGAAAGUGAAUCUAAUCCAACUUCCACACGGAAACGCCGUGGACGGCCACCGAAAAAUACGAAGUAAUGCGAACACGUACGAUAAGAGCAAGCGCAAUAGCAUGGCUCAAAUAGAAGCAGUCGAGAUCGUCCUAUCGCGAUAGCAGUAUUCGCGGUGCGUGUAAAAUACAUAAUAUAUUUGGCCAUUAGCCAUUUAAGAAUGGGUGUAUUUUGUUGAUUCUAGAAUAAAUGUGUUUUUUUU